UUUCUUUGUUUCUUUGUUUUAAAAACAGAGUGGCUCAGAGCCCUGACACCAAAAUGGACGUCACCAACCUGGCCAAAGUCUUUGGCCCCACGAUAGUUGCUCAUGCAGUACCUGAUCCUGACCCGAUGACGCUCCUGCAGGACACAAAGCGGCAGCCCAAGGUAGUGGAGCGGCUUCUGCUGCUGCCUAUGGAAUACUGGAGCCAGCUGAUGAUGGUGGAGCAAGAAAACGUGGACCCAGCACAUGUAAUUGAGAACACCAAUGCCUACUCCACUCCACAGACACCAGAUGUUAAAGGUAAUAGCUGGAUGUUGCUCUACUGGCUGUGCAGCUCCUAUUUGGAAAAUAUGAUCCUCAAUCAAAGCUGCUUGUGA